AUGGAGGCCAGUAGCAAUAACACACCUAGGGACGAGGAUAUACUGGAAACCAGCGAAAGACCAGUAGAAGAGGAUGAUGCCUCGCCCAAAACGUACGCGCAGAGCUUCACGCCACGGUCGUUGCUUGUUGGUCUCGCCAUAGGAGCGUUGAUAACAUUCUCAAACACCUACUUUGGCCUGCAGACAGGAUGGAUCAGUGUCAUGACGAUGCCCUCGUCCCUGAUUGGAUUUGCAGUUUUCAGAUCUCUCUCCCGCCAUCUUUCGUUCCCUUUCACACCAGUCGAGAAUGUUCUGAUACAGACGGUUGCCGGUGCCGUUGGGACGAUGCCCCUAGGAUGCGGCUUCGUGGGUGUCAUUCCAGCUCUGGAGUAUCUACUCCGGCCAGGAGCCGAUGGUCCUAUGGACGGGAGUGACGGUGGUGACGGUGAAGGCGGGCCCUUGAAGUUGGCAUCAUGGAAGCUGGUUAUCUGGAGCUUGGGCGUUUGCCUGUUCGGCGUCAUCUUCGCUGUGCCUCUGAGAAAGGAGGUUAUAGUACGGGAAAAGCUCAAGUUCCCCAGUGGUACAGCGACGGCCCUCAUGAUAAAUGUGCUACAUGGAGCCAGCAAGCCGGACGAGAAAGGCAAAGGGGUUGCAAGGAGACUGAACCAUUCCGCAAACAGUCUUGCAGAGACCGAACGGCUAUUGGUAGCCAACGACACUGCGAAUGUCACACUGGAAUAUCUCGAAGUAGACAGAAGAAGAAGACAUGCAUGGAAGGCCAAAAUUAGAAUGCUGCUUCUUGCAUUCGGCGUGUCUGCAAUCUAUACGCUUCUUUCGUACUUUGCACCAGUUCUCCGUGACCUGCCAGUGUUUGGUCUGCCUCUGGCACAUCAAUGGCUAUGGACCCUGAAUCCGUCGCCAGCCUACAUCGGACAGGGCAUCAUCAUGGGUCCUUCAACCUCCCUCCAUAUGCUGCUUGGUGCCAUAAUCGGAUGGGCCUUACUCUCCCCGCUGGCAAAGCAUAACGGCUGGGCUCCAGGACCUGUAGACAACUGGGAAACGGGUAGCAAAGGAUGGAUUGUUUGGGUCUCCCUGGCAAUCAUGCUUGCUGAUUCGAUCAUCAACUUGGCCUGGUUGGCGAUUCGGCCACUUGUCAACCAUGGCCCUGGCUUUGUGGUUCGUCUUCAGUACAACCUAAGACAGAAACAGUUCUGGACUAGCCUGUUUAGCGGAAGCUCUUCGUCUAGUCAUGGCUAUACUGCCAUACGUGCACGAGAAGGUCAUGACCUAAAGGCAGAGGACUAUGAUGCUCCUCCAUCUGAACUUAUAUCUAACCGCACAGUCAUGAUAUUGCUUCCACUUGCGCUAAUACUAAACGUCGUAUGCAUGCGCAUAGCGUUUGGUGACAUAAUCUCUCCUUUUCUUUCAAUCGCAGCCACACUCCUCGCCCUUCUUCUCUCCAUAAUGGGCGUUCGUGCAUUGGGAGAAACAGACCUCAACCCCGUAUCCGGCAUUAGCAAACUCACUCAGCUCAUCUUUGCUGUAGUCACUCCUGCAAGCCGCCAUACACGCCGCAGCGCAAUUGUUGCUAACCUACUUGCGGGUGCUGUGUCUGAGUCAGGAGCUCUGCAGGCGGGUGACAUGAUGCAGGAUCUGAAGACGGGGCAUUUACUUGGUGCCAGUCCCAAGGCACAGUUCUAUGGCCAAGCCAUUGGAAGUAUCGUCGGCGCUAUCAUCUCAGUUGGCGUGUACAAGCUCUACAUCAACGUUUAUCCAGUUCCCGGGCCAAUGUUCCAAGUCCCAACGGCACAUGUCUGGAUAUUCACUGCACGGCUUGUCACCGGCCAAGGCCUCCCAGAAAUGGCAUGGCCAGCUGCCGGUAUUGCUUGUGUAAUAUUCACAAUCACGACCAUUCUGAGGAUUGUCGGAACCGUGUCUGGUCCGGCUGGUAGUAAUGGGACAACAUUUGCACCGUGGCGUGCUUGGGUACCUGGUGGCAUUGCCGUCGCAGUUGGAAUGUACAACGUUCCCUCAUUUACCUUAGCGAGGGCAAUUGGAGGUAUAAUUGCUCUUGUAUGGCAGUAUCGCUCCAAGCUUAUGCGAGAUCGCCUUGCAUUGUCAAAAGCACAAGAUACGGAUUCACCAGAUGACCAGGAAGCAUCCAAGGCGCUGGAUGACGAAGGAGAUUCAACUUCAUCCACGAUAGUUAUCUUAGCGUCUGGUCUUAUUCUUGGUGAAGGUAUCGUCAGCAUUCUUAACCUGAUACUAGCAAGUGCAAAAGUUCCGCACCUUUAG